GGAGUCGCCAGCAGUAGUUCACCGGUGGCCAUCUUGCCACAGUGACAACAUCUACUCCGGUACCCUCUACGUUAGCUGUUGUAAGAAGUACGCCUAUCAGUGAAGAUGCCUGACCAAUGUGCAGCCAACGGAUGCUCUAAUCGCCGUAGCUUGGAAACAAGAACCUGUGGGAUCACCUUUCACCUGUUUCCCAAAACUGGAGAGAGGAGGAUGCAGUGGGAACUCGCCCUAAGAAGGAACGGUUUUGUUGCCUCUGCCAGGACACUGCUCUGCAGUCAGCACUUCAGGAGUGAGGACUUUGACAGGACGGGGCAGACUGUCCGGCUUAAAGAUAGUGUUGUGCCAACAAUAUUCAACUUCCCAGCUCAUCUUCAAAGGCCGGAAGCAACAAGAAGCCCAACCACUUCUGGAAUAGCGGAAGAUGACCUGCCAAUGGACUUGUCUCCGGAUGCACCUCAGCCUCAUGUUAUGCAUAUUUCAAUCCAAGAGGGGAGGUCCUUGCCCGACUUACAGCGAUGCACGACAUGUUGCGAAGUCUUCCACUGCCCGCUCUGUGCCUCAGAUGUGUUCCAGCCAGCCAAACUGAGCAAGCUCAAAAUCCAUUUAGAGAACCACUUCAACCGUGCAGUUCUCCAUGAAGGGUAUACCAUUCACAGAUGUGCAUUAAAUUGCCGACCGGACUGGCAUUUCCACUGCUUCUACUGCCAAUCAAUGCUGAUGCGCAGAGCAGACUUCAUCAAACACCUGGCUUUGUGCAAGGCGAAGCACUCUGCCAUAACUCCCAUCAUCCCAGAUCCAUCGACCCCCAUCAUCCCAGAUCCAUCGACCCCCAUCAUCCCAGAUCCAUCGACCCCCAUCAUCCCAGAUCCAUCGACCCCCAUCAUCCCAGAUCCAUCGACCCCCAUCAUCCCAGAUCCAUCGACCCCCUUCAUCCCAGAGGGAAAUAUGCAAAGGGUCCGUGUAAAGCCUGUACUGAGGAAGAAAUGUCCCAUGUGCCAUGUUCUCCUACAUAAACCACAAUUGAAAAGGCACAUGGAAAGAAAGCACUCUGCCAAACAAAAGGACAUGACCUCAAGUUCACACCUACAGAGUGAAUGCAUAGAUCCUGCAAAUGGAGUCUAUGCUGUCCACAAAGUCUUCAAUGGAACAAGUACUCCUCUGCAUGUUCAGAAUAAAGUGUGGGGAGAAAACCAGUAUGUCUCUUGUGAAAACAAUGAGUGCCAGCCAGCCAAACUGAGCAAGGUCAAAGCCCAUUUAGAGAGCCACUUCAACCGUGCAGUUCUCCAUGAAGGGUAUACCAUUCACAGAUGUGCAUUAAAUUGCCGACCGGACUGGCAUUUCCACUGCUUCUACUGCCAAUCAAUGCUGAUGCGAAGAGCAGACUUCAUCAAACACCUGGCUUUGGGCAAGGCGAAGCACUCUGCCAUAACUCCCAUCAUCCCAGAUCCAUCGACCCCCAUCAUCCCAGAUCCAUCGACCCCCAUGCACAACUUUAACCACGGCCCCCAAAAGGCUCGUUCACAUCAAGCACGUCACUCGUGUACACGUUACAGCACCGCGCGUUCAUGA